UGACGUGAAACCAGUUUCACUUAGUAGCCGAGCAGGCUUGAAUGCUCUCCUGUGCUGUGCUCUUUGUCCUGCCACCGGAUGCGGUGGGACGAACUCAGGCAAGCUCCGAAGUUGCAACAUGGAUGCAUUGACCUAUGAUGAUGUUCAUGUGUACUUCACUCAAGAAGAAUGGGCUUUGCUGGAUCCUUCACAGAAAAAUCUCUACAAAGAUGUGAUGUUGGAGAUCUACAGUAACCUCAAUGCUAUAGGCUACAAUUGGGAAGACCAUAAUAUUGAAGAACAUUGUCAAAGUUCCAGAAGACAUGGAAGGCAUGAAAGAAGUCUUACUAGAGAGAAACCCUCUGAAAACACUCAGUGUGGUAAAGCCUUUGCAUAUCACAGUUAUCCUCAAAGGCAUGAAAGAAUUCAUACUGGAAAGAAACCAUACAAAUGCAAUCAGUGUGAUAAAGUUUAUUCACAACACAGUAGCCUCAGAAGACAUAAAAGAACACAUACUGGAGAGAAACCCUAUGAAUGUAAUGAAUGUGGUAAAGCCUUUGCACAAAAGGAUUAUCUCAAAAUGCAUAUAAUAACACAUACUGGAGAGAAACCUUACAAAUGUGAUCAAUGUGGUAAAGCCUUUGCACUUCAUCAAACUCUCCAAGUACAUAAAAGAAUGCAUACUGGAGAGAAACCCUAUGAAUGUGAUCAAUGUGGUAAAGCUUUUGCACAUCAUUCUCAUCUCCAAGUACAUAAAAGAAUACAUACUGGAGAGAAACCUUAUAAAUGUGAUCAAUGUGGUAAAGCUUUUGUAGGUCAGAACGAUCUUAAAAGACAUGAAAGAAUUCAUACUGGAGAGAAACCUUACAAAUGUAAUCAAUGUGGUAAAGCCUUUGCAUAUCAUAGUUCUCUUCAAAUACAUAAAAGAAUGCAUAUUAAAGAGAAGCCCUAUGAAUGUAAUCAAUGUGGCAAAGCCUUUGCAUAUCAUUGUACUCUCCAAGUACAUAAAAAAACACAUACUGGAGAGAAACCUUAUGAAAGUAAGCAGUGUCGUAAAUCUUUUGCCUUUCAUGGUCAACUUCACCGUCAUGAAAGAAUUCAUAAUGGAGAGAAACCUUACAAAUGUAAUGAAUGUGGUAAAGCCUUUGCACGACACAGUCAUCUCAAAAUGCAUAAAAUCACACAUACUGGAGAGAAACCCUAUGAAUGUAAGCAAUGUAGUAAAUUCUUUGCCUCUCAUGGUCAACUUCAAAGGCAUGAAAGAGUUCAUACUGGAGAGAAACCUUACAAAUGUAAUCAGUGUGGCAAAGCCUUUGCAUAUCAUCGUACUCUCCAAGUACAUAAAAGAACGCAUACUGGAGAGAAGCCCUAUGAAUGUAAUCAAUGUGGUAAAGCUUUUGCACAUCAUUGUCAUCUCCAAGUACAUAAAAGAAUACAUACUGGAGAGAAACCUUAUAAAUGUGAUCAUUGUGGUAAAGCUUUUGUAGGUCAGAACGAUCUUAAAAGACAUGAAAGAAUUCAUACUGGAGAGAAACCUUACAAAUGUAAUCAAUGUGGUAAAGCCUUUGCACGACACAGUCAUCUCAAAAUGCAUAAAAUCACGCAUACUGGAGAGAAACCUUACCAAUGUAAUCAAUGUGGUAAAGCCUUUGUAUAUCAUAGUGCUCUCCAAGUACAUAAAAGAACGCAUACUGGAGAGAAGCCCUAUGAGUGUAACCAGUGUGGUAAAGCCUUUGCACAUCAUUGUCAUCUCCAAGUACAUAAAAGAAUACAUACUGGAGAGAAACCUUAUAAAUGUGAUCAUUGUGGUAAAGCUUUUGUAGGUCAGAAUGAUCUUAAAAGACAUGAAAGAAUUCAUACUGGAGAGAAACCUUACAAAUGUAAUCAGUGUGGUAAAGCCUUUGCAUAUAAUCAUAUUCUCCAAGUACAUAAAAUAAUGCAUACUGGAGAGAAACCCUAUGAAUGUAAGCAAUGUUAUAAAUCCUUUGCCUCUCCUGGUCACCUUCAACGUCAUGAAAGAAUUCAUACUGGAGAGAAACCUUACAAAUGUAAUGAAUGUGGUAAAGCCUUUACAGGACACAGUUAUCUCAAAAUGCAUAAAAUCACGCAUACUGGAGAGAAGCCCUAUGAAUGUAAGCAAUGUAGUAAAUUCUUUGUCUAUCAUGGUCAACUUCAAAGGCAUGAAAGAAUUCAUACUGGAGAGAAACCUUACAAAUGUAAUCAAUGUGGCAAAGCCUUUGCAUAUAAUCGUACUCUCCAAGCACAUAAAAAAACACAUACUGGAGAGAAACCCUAUAAAUGUAAGCAGUGUUGUGAAUCCUUUGCCUCUCAUGGUCAACUUCGAAGUCAUGAAAGAAUUCAUAAAGGAGAGAAACCUUACAAAUGUAAUGAAUGUGAUAAAGCCUUUGCACGACACAGUCAUCUCAAAAUGCAUAAAAUCACGCAUACUGGAGAGAAACCUUACCAAUGUAAUCAAUGUGGUAAAGCCUUUGCAUAUAAUCAUAUUCUCCAAGUACAUAAAAGAACACAUACUGGAGAGAAGCCCUAUGAGUGUAACCAAUGUGGUAAAGCCUUUGUAUGUCACGGUCAUCUCCAAGUACAUAAAAGAACGCAUACUGGAGAGAAACCUUAUAAAUGUGAUCAAUGUGGUAAAGCCUUUGUAAGUCAGAAUGAUCUUAAAAGACAUGAAAGAAUUCAUACUGGAGAGAAACCUUACAAAUGUAAUCAAUGUGGUAAAGCCUUUGCAUCUUCUGGUUAUCUUCGAAAACAUGAAAGAAUUCAUACUAGAGAGAAACUUUACAAAUGUGGACAGUAAUGUAAAGCCUGGUCACAAUCAAGUCACUUCCAACAACAUAAAAGAAUACAUACUAAAGAGUAACCCUAUGAAUAUAACCAAUGUGGUAAUGCCUUUACAGUGAUCUUAAAAGGUGUGUUAAUUUAAAUAUACUUGACCUAUGGCAAGUAGAAGUAUUAGGAAGUAUGGCCUUUCUGGAAUAGAUGUGGUAUUUGAGAAAAUAUGUCACUGUGGGGGUGGACUUUGAGAUCCUAUGCUAAAGCUUUACCCAGAGCAGAAGAAUCUUCUGGCUGCCUUCUGAUCAAGAUGUAGAACUCUCAUCUCCUCCAGCACCAUGUCUGCUUGGCCUCUUGCAAUUCUUUCUGCCUUGAUGAUAAUAGACCAGACCUCUAAAUUUGCCCCCAAUUAAAUGUGCUUUAUAAGAGUU